AUGUUAGAUCCGUCGUCCAGUGAGGAGGAAUCUGAUGGGAUAGUGGAGGAGGAAAGCAAAGAGGCGAUGGCACCUCAGGCCGGAUCCCGCAUCUCACCAAGCAGAACCAUCGAGAGCUCGGGUGGACUAGCGCCCAGCAGCAGCCGCAGCAGUGCCCGUCCGACCAGCCCGAGCCCGUCAGCCGCUAGCGAGGAGAAAGAGGAUGUGGAGAAGCUGCAGAGGGAGGAGGAAGACCGUAAAAAGAAGCUGCAGUUGUAUGUUUUUGUGAUGCGAUGCAUCGCGUACCCAUUCAAUGCAAAACAGCCCACAGAUAUGGCAAGGCGACAGCAGAAGAUAACCAAGCAGCAACUUCAGCAGACUAAGGAUCGUUUCCAGGCCUUCCUCAAUGGAGACACACAGAUUGUGGCUGAUGAGGCAUUCAUCAAUGCUGUGCAGAGCUACAAUGAGGUGUUCCUAAAGAGUGACCGUGUGGCUAAGAUGGUCCAGAGCGGCGGCUUCUCAGCCAAUGAUUUCAGGGAAGUGUUCAAGAGGCACAUCGAGAAGCGUGUACGCAGCCUUCCAGAGAUUGACGGUCUGAGCAAGGAGACGGUGCUCAGCUCCUGGAUGGCCAAGUUUGACACCAUCUACCGCGGCGACGAGGAUCCACGCAAAGCGCAGCAACGCAUGACUGCCAGCGCGGCCUCUGAGCUGAUCCUCAGCAAGGACCAGCUGUACGAGAUGUUCCAGAAUAUCCUCGGCAUCAAAAAGUUUGAGCACCAGCUGCUUUAUCAAGCCUGUCAGUUGGACAACCUGGAUGAGCAGGCUGCACAGAUCAGAAGAGAACUUGACGGUCGUCUUCAGAUGGCGGACCAGAUUGCCAGGGGUGGCAAAUUCCCCAAAUUUGUGUCUAAAGAGAUGGAGGCCAUGUUCAUUGAGGAGCUCAAGUCCUCCGUAAAUCAGCUGAUGGCCAAUCUGGAAAGCAUGCCCGUGUCCAAGGGAGGGGAGUUCAAACUCCAGAAGAUGAAACGGGGACACAAUACCUCCAUCAUCGACAUGGGCCAGGAGGACGAGAACACGCUGUCCAAGUCUGAUGUGGUUCUGUCCUUUACUUUGGAGGUGGUGAUCAUGGAAGUGCAGGGUCUGAAGUCUCUGGCUCCAAACAGGAUUGUCUACUGCACCAUGGAGGUGGAAGGAGGCGAGAAACUCCAGACCGACCAAGCAGAAGCAUCCAAGCCCACCUGGGGGACCCAAGGGGACUUCACCACCACACACCCUCUCCCUGCUGUCAAGGUGAAACUGUUUACAGAGAGCACAGGGGUGCUGGCACUGGAGGACAAAGAACUGGGCAGGGUUGUCCUCCACCCAACUCCAAACAGUCCCAAGCAGUCAGAGCUCCAUAAAAUGACUGUGACCAAGGCGUGCCCCGACCAAGAUCUGAGGAUCAAACUGGCCAUACGUAUGGACAAACCACAGAACAUGAAACACUGCGGGUAUCUGUGGGCUUUCGGGAAGAAUGUUUGGAAGCGCUGGAAGAAGCGUUUCUUUGUCCUUGUGCAGGUGAGUCAGUAUACGUUUGCCAUGUGCAGCUACAGAGAGAAAAAGUCAGAGCCGCAAGAGCUUCUCCAGCUGGACGGGUAUACUGUGGACUACAGUGACCCCCAGCCAGGCUUGGAUGGUGGCAGGGCUUUCUUCAAUGCAGUGAAAGAAGGCGACACUGUAAUCUUUGCAAGCGAUGAUGAGCAGGACCGCAUCCUGUGGGUCCAGGCCAUGUAUCGUGCCACUGGCCAGUCCCACAAGCCUGUCCCACCCACUCAGGUCCAGAAACUCAACUCCAAAGGGGGUGCCUCAGCCCAAAUGGAUGCUCCCAUUUCUCAGUUCUACGCUGACAGAGCUCAGAAACACGGAAUGGAUGAGUUUAUCUCCGCUAACCCCUGUAGCUUUGACCACGCCUCGCUUUUUGAGAUGGUGCAGCGACUCACGUUGGAUCACAGGCUCAAUGACACCUUUUGCUGCUUGGGAUGGUUUAGCCCAGGCCAGGUGUUUGUCUUGGAUGAGUACUGUGCCAGGAACGGAGUUCGAGGUUGUCACAGACAUCUGUGUUACCUGCGUGAUCUACUGGAAAGAGCAGAAAGUGGGGUUAUUAUUGACCCCACUCUUCUUCACUACAGCUUCGCUUUUUGUGCCUCCCAUGUCCAUGGGAACAGGCCAGAUGGGCUGAGCACAGUGAAAGUGGACGAGAAGGAGCGCUUUGAAGACAUCAAGGAGCGGUUGCGUGUGAUAUUGGAAAACCAGAUUGUAAAUUUCAGAUAUUGUUUCCCCUUCGGUCGUCCAGAGGGAGCACUGAAGGCCACUUUAUCUUUGCUGGAGAGGGUCCUUAUGAAGGACAUUGUGACCCCAGUUCCACAAGAAGAAGUUAAAGGAGUGAUCCGCAAAUGUUUGGAGCAGGCCGCUCAGCUCAACUACGAGCGGAUUAAAGAAUAUGCUACAAUCGAAGAGAACGUAGGCCGCUUAGUCACGCCUGCCAAAAAGCUGGAGGAAACAAUUCGCCUGGCGGAGUUAGUCAUAGAGGUCCUCCAGCAGAACCAGGAACACCAUGCGGAGGCAUUUGCAUGGUGGACAGAUCUCAUGGUGGAACAUGCAGAAAACUUCCUGGCCCUCUAUGCCAUCGACAUGGAUGCCGCUCUGGAGAUCCAGUCCCCUGAGAGCUGGGACAGUUUCCCCCUGUUCCAGCUGCUCAACGACUUCCUCCGGACAGACUAUCAUCUGUGCAAUGGAAAGUUCCACAAACACCUUCAGGAUCUGUAUGCUCCUCUGGUGGUUAGAUAUGUGGAUCUGAUGGAGUCCUCCAUAGCACAGUCAAUUCACAAGGGAUUUGAGCGAGAGUCCUGGGAGCCUGUAAAGAGUUUAACAAGUAAUCUGCCCAAUGUGAAUCUACCAAAUGUGAACCUCCAAAUUCCCAAAGUACCAAAUCUGCCAGUGCCAGUAGCAGGACUAUCAGUUAACCUUCCACAAAUGCCUAGCUUUUCUACCCCGUCAUGGAUGGCUGCUAUAUAUGACUCUGAUAAUGGCUCCGGGACGUCGGAGGACCUCUUUUGGAAGCUAGACGCCCUCCAGACUUUCAUCAGGGACCUGCACUGGCCUGAGGAGGAGUUUGCCAAACACCUCGAGAGUCGCAUUCAGCUCAUGUCGAGCAACAUGAUCGAGAACUGCGUCAAGCGCACAAGGAUGGCAUUUGAGUCCAAGCUGACAAAGAGCAGCAAGUCCACAGAUUUCCGCAUUUCUCCACCAUUAUGCACCAUGUUCAACGUGAUGGUGGAUGCCAAGGACCAAUCAGCUAAAUUGUGCGCAAUGGAGAUGGGCCAAGAGAAACAGUACCACACCCAAAUAGACGAGCUGAUUGAGGAAAGUGUGAAAGACAUGAUCCAGCUUCUGGUUGCAAAGUUUGUUGCCAUUCUGGAGAGUGUGUUGGCUAAGAUUUCCAGAUAUGAUGAAGGCACUCUCUUCUCUUCAUUCCUCUCAUUCACGGUGAAAGCUGCCUCUAAAUAUGUGGAUGUACCUAAACCUGGAAUGGACGUGGCCGAUGGCUAUGUGACCUUUGUGCGCCACUCUCAGGAUAUCCUUCGUGAUAAGGUCAAUGAGGAGGUGUAUAUAGAAAGGUUAUUUGAUCAAUGGUACACUGCCACCAUGAACCUGCUGGGGACCUGGCUCACUGAACGCAUGGAUCAGCAGCUCCACGUCUACCAGCUAAAGAUCCUCAUCAGGAUUACAAAGAAAAAGUACCGGGACUUUCGCCUGCAGGGUGUCCUCGAUUCCACCCUGAACAGUAAGAUGUACGACACGGUGCGCAACAGGCUGACCGUGGAGGAGGCCACUGCUUCAGUGAGGGAAGGAGGCAUGCAGGGCAUCUCCAUGAAGGACAGCGACGAGGAGGAUGAAGAGGACGACUAGAGCCCAUACACUGACACUCCAACCCUCACCCCCUUUCACACUUUUGACUUUAGCCUGGUUACCGAUGCAUGUACCAACUCAGAUAGCCACUCUAGGACCUCUUUGUCAGCUCGAAAUGCCUAUGAAGGAACUAUUAAAUAUAAAAAUAGUACUUAUACUGAGGAAAUCUAAAUAAAAAUGUUGAAAAAUAACCAUGAUUGGCAGAUUAGCUGUGUCAUGAUAAAGAUAGCACCUAUCUUUGAUUCAUUCAUUUCUAAAUUCAUUUCUAUGUGUUACUAAGCAAUAUGGAGAACCAUUUGUUUGACAAUGUUGAGUGAGAUAAAUAGGUGUGUCCCUGUCCAAUGCAAUCCUAUAUGGCGCUUAUUUGUCGUAUUCUACAUUCAUUAAUGGUACAUUGUCGUGAUGAUGAGUGUGGACCCUUUUUUCUUUGUCUUGUCUGUUUUUAAGUGAAUGCCAACUGCUUCAAACUGAAAAUAAACCUCUGUAUUUGUUUACGGCUGUUGCAGAUACACUGUUGUCUACUCACUGUUAUUAACAUUAACAACAGUAAGUCCAGACCUGCAUUUUUAUCAUGUGUCAAUGCUAUGUGAUCUUAUCUCAAUUACUAAUUUGACACAAUUCAACUGAAAUCAUGAACUUCAACGAGUGGUUAUUCUAGAGAUGCAAUAUUCUCAUAGCUCCAUUUUGAUAACUUGGGAGAUUCUAUUUUUAUUUUAACAUUAAAAGGCCUUGAAACAGGUUCUAUUUUAAUUGAGUUGCACUUUUA